AUGAACACUGGCAGAGGAGGCGACACGCCGCCGGCGAACGGCGGUGAGUUCCUCCUCCAGCUCCUCCGCAAAUCUCCAAAUCCAAACACUCAGGCUUACCCGCCACAUCAGCAGCCUUCGCCUUCCCAGGACCCCGCCGUCGCGGCGGUAGGCCCCACAAUCUCCGCCUUCUACCCGCCGCACGUUGCGGCAUUCCCUUCCGACGGACGCGAUCUCACUUACGCCGCGUGGAAUCACGCCACCUCUCCGCCACUUGCUCCGCACAAUUACUUCCCGCAAAACCCUAACUUGAACCCUAUUUUAAACCCUGAUUUCUGCUCUCCACCUGGAGGAUUCAGUAAUAGUCAGCACCGGUUCAAGCUUCAUUCGGAUCUGGCUCCGGCGGCUGAGGAUACGAGGAAAUUACGGUCGUACGCGGGGCAUUCCAGCUCGCAUCAGCAGCAGUUGGGUGAAAAUCUCGUAUUCGGGUCGCUGAUUUGUGAUGUCCCUUCGGAUACUAAUGGGGAUGGUUUGCGUAGGAGCUUACAUCGGAAUAAUAAACCUGGAAAUUCCUAUUUGGAGGAGAGAUUGGGAAUGGAUAUGGGACUUAAUAGUGGCCCGAUGAAUCCCGUUGAGGUCAAUGGUGGUGCAAUAGGAAAACCAGCUGGAUUCAGAGGUUAUGAGCCCGAAAGGGGCAGUAACUGUAACAACAGGUUAAGCAGGGGAGAUGGAAAUCAUAGGGUGGUGGGGCAAGUGACUCCACCUCCGGGGUUUUCGGGCAAUGCAAAGAAUGUGAAGAACAGUGAGUAUGGCUAUGGUGGAAGGAAUUUGAAUGUAGGUAAGGACAAGUUUAGUUCAGGUGAUGCAUAUAAGAAUGAUAGGCUGAGCAAUCGGCUGAAAUCUGUUGGCCCAUCUGCUGGAAGCAGCUUUCAGUCUGUUUCAGCCUCCGAAAUUGAGAAGUCAAUGAUGGAUCUUUAUGCUAAUGAGGAUGAAGAAUUGAGACAUGGGAGCAGGAAUAAUUGGGUGAGUGAGAUGGACGGUUUGGAUCGGCUUGUGGGUUCUUUGGCUGUUGAAGACAAUUCUGGUGAGAAGAGACUUGAAGAUGAAUCUGAUAAAAAGAAGCACUACAGGGACAAGGAAUAUAGAUCCGACAAGAGGGGACAGUGGAUAAUGGCUCAGAGGAUGAGAAUUGUUAAAAGCCGGGGAACAUGUCGAAAUGAUAUACACAGACUAAAUGGCCCCUUUUUAACCGUGUUUGAGUCUUUAAUCCCUCCCGAUGAAGAAAAAUUUAAGCAAAAACAGUUAUUGACUGUGUUGGAGAAGCUUGUUGGCAAAGAAUGGCCUGAGGCUCGAUUACACCUGUAUGGAUCCUGUGCCAACUCAUUCGGCUUUUCAAAAAGCGAUAUUGAUAUUUGCCUUCAGAUGGAUCUUGGGGAUAAGGACAAGGCUGAGGUCUUGCUAAAGCUGGCGGAGACAUUACAGUCCGGCAAUCUACAGAAUGUGCAAGCACUUACUCGUGCCAGAGUUCCUGUAGUUAAGCUCAUGGAUCCAGCUACUGGUAUUUCAUGCGAUAUUUGUAUAAACAAUGUGCUGGCUGUUGUGAAUACAAAGUUGCUCCAUGAUUAUGCACGCAUAGAUGUAAGACUCAGGCAGUUGGCAUUUAUUGUCAAACACUGGGCAAAAUCACGAGGGGUUAAUGAAACUUACCAAGGAACACUCUCUAGUUAUGCGUAUGUCUUAAUGUGCAUUCAUUUCUUGCAACAGCGUAGGCCCGCCAUACUUCCUUGCUUACAGGGAAUGGUGACUACUUAUUUCGCGACUGUAGAAAAUGUCGAGUGCGCUUAUUUUGAUCAAGUGGAGAAGCUACAAAACUUCGGGUCCCGUAAUGGGGAAAGCAUUGCUCAGUUGGUCUGGGCCUUUUUCCACUACUGGGCUUAUUGUCAUGAUUACGCAAGUGACGUUAUAUCAGUUCGUACUGGAAGCACACUGAGCAAGAGAACUAAAGAUUGGACCAAACGGGUUGGUAAUGAUCGCCACUUGAUAUGCAUUGAGGACCCGUUUGAGGUGUCUCACGAUCUUGGCCGUGUGGUGGAUAAGCACAGCAUUAGGGUCAUUCGUGAAGAGUUUGAACGUGCGGCCGAAAUUAUGCAGUAUGACCCUAAUCCUUGUGUGACUUUAUUCCAGCCCUAUGCCCCCAAUUAG